AUGAACCAGGGCCGGGGGUUCGCCCCCGGCAGGGGCGGCUCUCCCCGGAGGGCGGCCGGGGCCGGCGCGCGGCGCAACCAGAGCCAGGACUAUCUGCUCCUGGACUCGGAGCUUGGAGACGACGGCGGCCCUCAGCCCCCGCGGCCGGCCUACGGCUACUAUCCCUGCCUCCGGGACACCGACAGCAGACUGGCCCACCGGCGGCAGACGAUUCUCCGUGAGAAGGGGAGAAGGCUAGCCAACCGGGGACCAGCAUACAUGUUUAAUGAUCGCUCAACAAGCUUAUCUGUUGAGGAGGAGCGUUUUUUAGAUGCUGCUGAAUAUGGCAACAUCCCGGUGGUGAGGAAGAUGUUAGAAGAAUGUCUCUCACUGAACGUCAACUGUGUAGAUUACAUGGGCCAGAAUGCCCUGCAGUUGGCAGUGGCCAAUGAGCAUCUGGAAAUCACAGAACUUCUUCUCAAGAAAGAAAACCUGUCUCGAGUUGGGGACGCUUUGCUUCUAGCUAUUAGUAAAGGUUAUGUUCGGAUCGUGGAAGCUAUUCUCAGCCAUCCAGCUUUUGCUGAAGGCAAGAGGUUAGCAACCAGCCCCAGCCAGUCGGAAUUCCAGCAAGAUGAUUUUUAUGCAUAUGAUGAAGAUGGGACACGGUUCUCUCAUGAUGUGACCCCAAUCAUUCUGGCUGCCCACUGCCAGGAAUAUGAAAUAGUGCACACCCUCUUGCGGAAGGGUGCUCGGAUUGAACGGCCUCAUGAUUAUUUCUGCAAGUGCAGUGAAUGCAACCAAAAACAGAAGCAUGACUCCUUCAGCCACUCCAGAUCUAGGAUUAAUGCCUAUAAGGGCCUGGCAAGUCCAGCUUACCUAUCACUGUCUAGUGAAGACCCAGUCAUGACAGCUUUAGAACUUAGCAAUGAGCUGGCAGUGCUGGCCAACAUUGAGAAAGAGUUCAAGAAUGAUUACAAAAAACUGUCGAUGCAGUGCAAAGAUUUUGUUGUUGGACUCCUUGAUCUGUGCAGGAAUACGGCAGAAGUGGAGGCCAUCCUGAAUGGGGAUGUUGAAGCAUGCCCCAGUGGCGGAGAUCACGGUCGUCCAAAUCUCAGCCGUUUAAAACUUGCCAUUAAAUACGAAGUAAAAAAAUUUGUAGCUCAUCCAAACUGUCAGCAGCAGCUUCUGUCCAUAUGGUAUGAGAACCUGUCUGGCUUACGGCAGCAGACCAUGGCGGUGAAGUUUCUUGUGGUCCUCGCAGUGGCGGUCGGAUUGCCCUUCCUGGCUCUCAUUUACUGGUUCGCUCCAUGUAGCAAGAUGGGGAAGAUCAUGCGCGGACCCUUCAUGAAAUUUGUGGCACAUGCUGCCUCCUUUACCAUUUUUCUGGGACUGCUGGUCAUGAAUGCAGCUGACAGAUUUGAAGGCACCAAACUCCUUCCUAAUGAAACCAGCACGGAUAACGCAAGACAGCUGUUCAGGAUGAAAACAUCCUGUUUCUCAUGGAUGGAGAUGCUCAUUAUAUCCUGGGUAAUAGGCAUGAUAUGGGCCGAAUGUAAAGAAAUUUGGACAGAAGGCCCCAAGGAAUAUUUAUUUGAGUUGUGGAAUAUGCUUGACUUUGGUAUGUUAGCGAUCUUUGCAGCUUCAUUCAUUGCAAGAUUCAUGGCAUUUUGGCAUGCUUCCAAAGCCCAGCACAUCAUUGACACAAAUGAUACUCUAAAGGACUUGACCAAAGUCACAUUGGGAGACAAUGUGAAAUACUACAAUUUGGCCAGGAUCAAGUGGGACCCCUCUGAUCCUCAGAUCAUAUCUGAAGGUCUUUAUGCAAUUGCUGUAGUUCUGAGUUUCUCAAGAAUAGCUUAUAUCUUACCAGCCAAUGAAAGUUUUGGGCCUCUGCAGAUAUCACUCGGGAGAACAGUGAAGGAUAUCUUCAAGUUCAUGGUCAUAUUCAUCAUGGUCUUUGUGGCCUUCAUGAUUGGAAUGUUCAACCUCUACUCCUACUACAUUGGCGCAAAACAGAAUGAAGCUUUCACAACAGUUGAGGAGAGUUUUAAGACACUGUUCUGGGCUAUAUUUGGACUUUCUGAAGUGAAAUCAGUGGUCAUCAACUAUAAUCACAAGUUCAUUGAAAACAUCGGUUAUGUUCUUUAUGGAGUCUAUAAUGUCACAAUGGUCAUUGUUUUGCUAAAUAUGCUGAUUGCAAUGAUCAACAGUUCAUUCCAGGAAAUUGAGGAUGAUGCUGAUGUAGAAUGGAAAUUUGCAAGGGCCAAACUUUGGUUUUCCUACUUUGAGGAGGGAAGAACUCUACCUGUUCCUUUCAACCUGGUGCCGAGUCCAAAGUCCCUGUUUUAUCUCUUACUGAGACUUAAAAAAUGGAUUUCUGAGAUGUUCCAGGGCCAUAAGAAAGGUUUCCAGGAGGAUGCAGAGAUGAACAAGAGAAAUGAAGAAAAUAAAUUUGGAAUUUUGGGAAGUCAUGAAGACCUUUCAAAAUUACCACUUGACAAAAAACAGCUUGGGCAUAGUAAACAAUCAAGUGUAAGGAGCUCAGAAGAUUUCCAGUUAAACAGUUUCAAUAAUCCUCCAAGACAGUAUCAGAAAAUUAUGAAGAGGCUCAUUAAGAGAUAUGUGCUACAAGCCCAGGUAGAUAAGGAGAGUGACGAAGUGAAUGAAGGGGAACUGAAGGAAAUUAAGCAGGAUAUCUCAAGCCUCCGCUAUGAACUCCUUGAAGAAAAAACUCAGACUUCAGAAGACCUAGCAGAACUUAUUAGAAAACUUGGGGAGAAAUUAUCAAUGGAACCAAAGCAAGAGGAAAGCAAUAGAUAAUAUGCUAAGACUUCCUUUAAAAAAUCAUAUUUAUUUGUCCAAUUGCAUUAUAUUAUUUUCCAAUUUAUCUUUUAAGUGCCAGUGUGACCAUCUUUUAAACAAAAUGUCCAAAGAUAACAUGGGUCAUCCCAUCAUCCAAAACCUUAAUAUUUCAUAUUUUUGGUGAUUAAAUUUCAUUGUUCAGGCUAAAGUUUAUAGAUUAGGAUGAAAAUUGUGCCUGGUUUGAUGCCUGUUUUUAUGAACUGCUCUUUUGUGUCUAACUAUUGUGAUGACAUGACUGCUGGGUGGCAUUUGCCUAGAGGCUAUAGUAGCUACAGGUGGCAGGCAGUGACUCCCAUGAGGUAUUUCUUGUGACAGUGACUUUGGUACUGCUUGCCUGCCUUAGGGGACCCCUGAUGAUGACUUCCAGCCCUGAAACUGAGGGAAUGAUGAUCUAGGGCUAUUUGGAGAAUGCUGUUUAAUCAUCUGUCCUGCUUGGCUCCCACAGAAUAAGAUUGGUAAUAUCUGUGCAAAAUGCAGUAAAAUCUUUCUGAUUCAUCUUGCUGAAAAUUUUACACUUGACAGUGAAAAAGUGCUUCCUCUAAUGAACCCUGGAAACGUGGUUUAGUUUAUGUGUGUGUAUGCACACACAUGUGUACGUGUGUGUAUGUGUGCAACGUGCACAACUGCAUAUGAAAUGCUUGUCCUAUUUUCAUUUGCAGCAAUACAGACGCUCUAAACCUC